CCAACUAACCCUGUGCUUCAAAGACUCUACCUACCACCACAACCACCAACAACUACUACUUCAAGUACCCUUUUCUUUUCCAUUUUCUCAAUCUUAUUCACUCACCAACAUCAACAUGUCAUCCUCAACCUCUCAUCAAGUCAUCACCUGCAAAGCUGCAGUGGCAUGGGGAGCUGGGGAGCCAUUGGUGAUGGAGGAAGUGCAAGUGAGUCCUCCCCAACAGAUGGAGAUUAGGAUUAAGGUUGUCUCCACCUCUCUCUGUCGCAGUGAUCUCUCUGCUUGGGAAUCUCAUGCCAUAUUUCCUCGCAUAUUUGGCCAUGAAGCAUCAGGGAUUGUAGAGAGUGUGGGACUGGGAGUGACUGAAUUCAAAGAGGGGGACCAUGUGCUAACAGUAUUCAUUGGAGAAUGCAUGGCAUGCAGGCAGUGCACAUCUGGAAAAAGUAACAUUUGUCAAGUUUUGGGGUUGGAAAGAAGGGGUUUAAUGCAUAGUGAUCAGAAGACACGAUUCUCAGUAAAAGGGAAGCCUGUUUAUCAUUAUUGUGCUGUUUCAAGUUUCAGUGAAUAUACAGUAGUCCAUUCCGGAUGUGCAGUGAAAGUUAGCCCUCUUGCUCCUCUCGAGAAAAUUUGCCUUCUGAGCUGUGGGGUUGCUGCAGGUUUGGGAGCAGCAUGGAAUGUUGCUGACGUGUCAAAAGGGUCAACUGUGGUGAUUUUUGGUCUUGGAACUGUUGGCCUAUCUGUUGCACAAGCUGCCAGACUAAGAGGUGCAUCUCGCAUAAUUGGUGUGGACAACAAUCCACAGAAGUGUGAAAAUGCUAAAGCUUUUGGGGUAACAGAAGUUGUUGACCCAAAUUCCUGUAAAGAACCUAUUGCUCAGGUUAUCAAGCGCAUUACUGAUGGUGGGGCAGAUUUUUCGUUCGAGUGUGUCGGUGACACUGAUAUGAUAACCACUGCAUUGCAGUCAUGCUGUGAUGGAUGGGGUACGGCUGUAACACUUGGUGUGCCAAAGGUGAAGCCUGAGAUGUCAGCUCAUUAUGGACUUCUCCUAAUGGGAAGAACAUUGAAAGGAUCUCUAUUUGGAGGAUGGAAACCAAAAUCUGACUUGCCUUCAUUAGUAGAGAAGUAUAUCAACAAGGAAAUCCAGAUUGAUGACUACAUAACACACAAUUUGCCAUUUGAUGACAUUAACAAAGCUUUCAAUCUCAUGAAGGAAGGAAAGUGUCUUCGUUGUGUCAUCCACAUGCCAAGAUAACACCUGCGUUUUAUUUUUUCAAAAAGAAAAAAGAGAAAGUCAUCGAAGAAAUCAAUUCCCCGGAGAAUGUAGAAACUAUUUUGCCUAGUUAUCAUUGCACAUUGGAGAUAGUUGCAUCUUGUAAACGACGAUAUUGGUUAUGCUAAUAAUAAUAUGCUAUGCCAUUUUGUCUU